AUGUCGGACAAUAACCAAGAAGAAAACCAGGCGUUGAAAGAGCGAUUCAAAUCGGCCCUUUGGCUAGCUAUUGGCAAGAUUGUCGAUGAGGAAACCAUACAAUUGGGUGUUAAUGCGACUCCUCAAUUCAUCGGAGCAUUGACGGAGAUGGUAUGGGCACAGAUUGAGUCAGUUAGUCAGGACUUAGAAGCGUUCGCAAAACAUGCCGGCCGAUCAACGAUAAAUAUCAACGAUGUGAUGCUACUAGCGCGACGUAAUGAAGGUCUAGAAUCUAUCCUGCGAGCAUUCAUUGAUCAGCAAAAGGAAGCGGCUGAGCAGCAACAGCCACAAGACGAGGACAGUGAUUGAACAAGUGAACCAUUCA